AUGGCGGCAGCGGCUCCGAACGAGGUGGAGGAGGUGAUCAAGCAGCUCAAGAGCAAGCCCGGCUUCUCGUCCUACAUCCUCAUGAACAACGACGGCAUCGUGGUCAAGUACGAGAACCUCGAGUACAAGGAGGCCAUCAUGCACGCCUACCACGUCCUGAGCCUCUACGGACGCACCAAGAAACACCUGCAGAAGCUCUUCCCGGACCCGAACGACAGCGAGAUCGAGUGGCUGCGGCUGCGCACCAAGAUGCACGAGAUGAUCAUCGCCCAGCACUUGAGGUUCACGCUCGUGGUGCUGCAGCAGGCCGAGGCGACGGAUACGGCGCCCGAACCGAUCGGCCGCGCCGUCGUGGAGGAGGCUGCCAACGGGGCCAAGGAGGAGGAGAAGCCCGUGGCGGCGACAUGA